ACGGCCGACAAAGACGCAUUUAUAACACUUAAAGAUCACAAACCGAACUUCGCAAACAAACCGACAUGCCGACUUAUCAACCCAACAAAAUCUGAAAUAGGCAAAGUUAGCAAACAGAUCCUUGACCGCAUCAACAACAGCAUCGCGAAUAAAUACGACCUCAACCAAUGGAAAAACACCUCAGCGCUUAUCAACUGGUUCCGAUCCAUCGACAAUAAACAUAACUCCAGCUUUAUCUGUUUCGACAUCGAAGAAUUCUACCCAUCCAUCAGCCUAGACCUCCUGAACAAAGCGCUCGAUUUCGCAUCUGAUUAUGACAACAUCACCGCUGACGAAAAGAAAAUAAUUAUUCACGCUAAAAGCUCAAUCUUAAUUUACAAGCAACAACCCUGGCAAAAGAAAGGCGACACUACAUUCGACGUAACUAUGGGAAGCUACGACGGCGCUGAAACAUGUGAACUUGUCGGUAGCUUCCUCCUUUCACAACUACAGAACCUCAACAUCAACGUAGGACUCUACCGGGACGACGGACUUGCCAUCACUGACGCUACGCCUAGAGAAACUGAGAACAUCAAGAAAGAAAUAUGCCGCAUCUUCAACGCUAACGGUUUGCGCAUCACCAUAGAAGCUAACAAACAAGUAAUCAACUUCCUAGACGUCACAUUCAACCUUAGCCGUAACACCUUCCAGCCGUAUACAAAGCCUAACACUACAUUACAAUACGUCCACCACGAGAGCAACCAUCCACCAAUCACUACAAAAAACAUUCCCGCAGGUAUCAACAGACGCUUAUCAUCUCUCUCAUCCGACAAAGCCUCCUUCGACCAAGCCGCGCCCGCCUACCAGAAAGCACUCGACGACAGUGGAUACAGCUGCACGCUUCACUACGAACCCACCCAUACACGCAAACCGAAAAACCGACAACGCAAUAACAUUCUAUGGUACAACCCACCCUUUAGCAAGAACACCAGUACCAACAUUGGACGUAAAUUCCUUGCCUUAAUAGACAAGCACUUCCCCAAGGACCACAAGCUACGCAAAAUCUUUAACAGAAACACCAUCAAGAUCAGUUACAGCUGCAUGAACAACGCAAAACAAAUCAUCGACAACCACAACAAACGAAUCUUGACUGCCCAUGCUAAGACUAAUGCUACCACCGCUGCCGCCAACUCCGCCCCCACCAUCAUCAACAACAACAACAAGAAAUGCAACUGCCGACAAAAGAACUCAUGCCCGCUCAACGGGAACUGCCUUCAGCCUGCUGUCAUCUACCAAGCUACUGUCACACGAAAGACACCAACACGACAGAAACGUACAUCGGGCUUACUGCGAACGACUUCAAAACAAGAUACAGCAACCACAUGUCAUCAUUCCGUCACGCGAAGAACAGAAACUCCACUGAACUCAGCAAACACGUCUGGACUCUUAAAGAAAACAACAUCAACUACUCUAUCGCCUGGCGCAUUCUAUCUUCACACCUGCCGUACAACAGCCCAAGCAAACGAUGCAACUUAUGUCUUAAAGAAAAAUUCCUUAUCAUCUGCCGACCUGAACUCUCUACACUUAACAAACGUAAUGAACUCGUGUCUUCCUGCCGCCACAGAAACAAAGCCCUCUUGCGCAACA